AGCGUAACAAUAAUGAUACACACAUAGCAUUUGUAGUCGAUGGAGAGACACACACAGAUCAUUUGCAAUAUAUUUAUUGUCAACUAUCAAAGUUGGAAAAAGCCUUUGUACAUAUAAUAACAACUGGCAAAAAACGCGGUCUGAGUGGGAAGAAAUUGUCAAAGGAGAACGCACAAGAAUCGAAUUGCAAUGUAUUGAUACAUGAUUUGGAAACUUUGGCCAUAAGUUCAGGGAGAGAUGGCAUUAUGACAAAAGUUUCCCUUGGAAUGGUUCAAAUUCUAGAUCAAAUUCAACCUGAUAUCUUGAUAUAC